AUGGCUGGUACAAGACUAAAGACUUCCAAGCCUGAGAAGGCCAACAAGGCUUCGAAAAAGGCCGAAGGCAAGACAAAGGCAGGCAAGAAGGCCACCGACGAUGACACUGCCAAGGUUGAGAAGAAGCGAGCAAAGCUGCUAGCUCGCUCCCAGGAACUGGAAAAGGAAGCGCACAAGCUUCUCGCGGAAGCCAAGAAGGCUGCCGACAAGUAUGCGGAACUAACCAAGUCGCUAGAGGAUGAGGAGGAUGACACGUCAUCAGAGACUGACACAUGGGUACAGAGUGAAUCGGACGAAGAAGUACUGACGCCAUCUUCGGAGUCCACGAGCUCGUCUUCCGAUUCCAGCUCCGAAGGCGGUGCCGCCAUUCCCGCUCCCAAAACCAAGCCCGGCAAGAAGAGCAAGAAGGCAAAGGGCAAGCCCGAGCGCAAGAGAAAGCGCCAGGACUCGUCCGAGGACGACACAAGCAGCAGCAGCGACUCCGAGGACAGCGAGGUAGACCAAAAAGCAGCCGCCAAGAUAAAGGCGAAAAAGACCAAGAAGGAGAAGACCAAGAAGCCCAAGGACAAAAAGGACAAAAAGAAGGCUAAAAAGGAAAAGAAAACGGCCCAGGAUACGGAUAGCGACAGCGACAGUGACGACGAAGCGCCGCCCGCCGCUGGCAACAAGCCGGAGAAGAGCUGGCACGUCACGGGCCUCGAUGGCGGGUCGGCCCGGCAGAGCAAGUUCCUGCGGCUGCUGGGCGGCAAGAAGCAGGGCAUGAGCCUGCCCUCGGACAAGGGCGCGGCGGGCAAGGGCGCGUCCGAGUCGACGCGCGCCGAGGCCGACAUUCAGCGCCAGUUUGAGGAGGGCAUGAAGAUGAAGAAUGAAGGUGGCAGCCACCGCCGCGGUCUCGGACUGGGCGCGUGA